AUGCAACGAAGAACUUGGAUUGGAAUUGGAAUUCUUGUUGGACUCGUCAUUCUCAUUGCUCUGACCGUCGGCCUCGUUGUCGGUCUGCGAAAACACAAAAAGAAAGAUUCGCCCGACAGCGGUCCCUCUCUCGAUGACAUCCUCAGCAAUGACUCCACUUUUCCGAAUGGAUCCUAUCAAGUGUCGACCGGAUCGCUGAAAGCUGGACCCAACAAUUUGAAGCCGAUCCUUGUCACGUUGCAAGAUCUGAAAUCACUUGGUUUGAUUGUUGACAAUUCGUCGCUGGUGGCCGAAACGAAUCGGUUAAGUGUGAUGUUUGUGCGAAUUCCACGAAAUGGCACCGCAAGAAUACAAUUCGGUGGUAUCGGUGUUCGUUUCGGGUCAUCCGACACUUUGAACGUGGUUCCAUUGAAUCUCUCAUCGAUCACCAACUCGGGUCUCCGUUACAUUGGGUUGCUCCAAUCGGAUCGAAGCGACGUCUAUCAAGUGCAAGUGCGAAUGGCCGAACAGAUGUGCGCAAACAGUGCCUCGGGAUCGUGCUCGAUCAUCAACUGGAGUCCCUAUUUUGUGUUAGGAGACAACCUAGGAUCAGCAGCCAAUUUCUCCAAUGAGCUUCCAGUGGCAUGCGGUUCUCAGUGUGACGCGAAUUCGACGUCCCGAUGUGCGACUUCUUGUUCGACGUGUGACGGUCAACAAGUCGCCGGCGCCAACACUCCCGUCACUCGACGAUACCGAAUGAAUACGACAAGCGCGAGAAAUUUGCUCUUUACAUAUGAAACAUAUCAAGUGCCCGAUCGAGUGACGGUCACCUAUGCUGGAGUGAACCUUUUCGAUAGUACCUGCAUUGGAACAAAUGGCGAGAAGUUGACUCCGAUCACUUAUGAAGGCCGCUAUUCAGAAGUCCGAGUUGACCUCGAGCCAAAUUGUGAUGGGACUGAUUCAACACAAUGGUAUUUCACGCUUCCUUGUGCCGGCGGUUGUCAAGGAUGUGAUUUUAAGCUUGAAGCGAUUUGUAAAGAC